CUUCCCCUUCUCAGACUGAUGCACUUUUUAUCUCCCACAGCCAGGAGGUGUCCUCAUAGAGAAGACCCACAAUGCCUUCCUCUGCAGUGAAGGGGAUCCAGUUUCUGGUGAUGUUUCCCUGCAGCUGCCCAGCCAAGUCCUGGAGGGAUCUGGCGGAGCCACUGUCUCUGUUAUCACUUUCAGGGGAUAUCACGGGUUCAGUGUCGCAGAAUUUAGAUCAGCUGCUCCAGAUGCCUGUUGGCUGUGGGGAGCAGAACAUGGUCAAGUUUGUGCCAAACAUCCUGGUGCUCCAGUACUUAGAGAAGAUAAAACAAGUGACUCCAAAAAUCAAACAACAGGCACUGGAACACAUGCAGAGUGGUUACCAGCGCCAGCUGCUCUACAAGCAUGACAAUGGCUCCUACAGCGCCUUUGGGAAGCGUGAUGCUGAGGGCAACAUCUGGCUGACGGCAUUUGUGGCUCGGGCCUUUGGCCAGGUGAGGGCCUACAUAUAUAUUGACGACCAGCCCGUGAAGGACGCUGUGGAUUGGCUGGGACAGAACCAGCUGCCCAGUGGCUGCUUUCGGAGUGUGGGGAAGCUCUUCAACAACCAGCUGAAGGGUGGAGUGGAUGAUGAGCUCUCACUGACAGCCUACAUCACUGCUUCAGUCCUGGAGCUCCAUCUGGAUGAGAAAGCUGCCAUGGUGGAAAAGGCAUUGGGCCGCCUUAAGAAAGCAUCACAUGAUGUGGACAGUGCCUACACCCAGGCUUUGAUGGCUUAUGUCUUUGCCCUGGCCAAGGACACAGAGAUGAGGCAGCAGCUCCUGGAGAAGUUAGAUGAAAAAUUUCUCAAGCCUGGUACAGAUGAGUCAAUGACAGGAUCCUCAUUGCUGGUUGAGACCAUGGCUUACAUCCUCCUAGCUCACCUAUCCCAACCAGAGGUGACAGCCAGUGACAUCACAAAAUUCUCCCCAAUUCUGCAUCAGCUCAACCAAAGGUGCAACUCCUUUGGGGGGUUUUAUUCCACUCAGGACACAGUUGUUGGCCUCCAAGCUCUGAUUAAAUAUGCAGGCCUGACUUACCGUGAGGCAGGGAACACAAAGGUGAUGGUGAGAUCCAAAGAGGCCCUCCUGCUGGAGUUUCAUGUGGAUGGGAAGAACCAGCUGGUGCUACAGCAGGCACCUCUCCUUGGCAUCCCAGGGGUGUACACAGUGCAGGUGGCUGGGAGUGGCUGUGUGUAUGUGCAGACAACUCUGAGCUACAAUGUCCCAGCCCAUAAGAGUGAGGCAGUCUUUGUCCUGCAUGUGGAGACAGCACCGGUGGAGGGCAACGAUGCUGCUAGGAAGCACUUUGACCACCAAGUGGCAGUCAGCUACACUGGGGACCGUGGGAGCAGCAACAUGGCCCUGAUAGAAGUGAAGAUGCUGUCAGGCUUCAUCCCUGUGAAGAGCUUGGUGAAAGCAUUGAAAAAAAUACCCAUAGUGAAGAGGACUGAGGUUGACCCAGAGAAGGUCACCAUCUACUUGGAGGAGCUGGAUAAGACUCUGCAAAACUUCACUGUCUCAGUGGAACAAGAGAUUGAAGUGCAACAUCUGAAACCGGCAACAGUGCAUGUCUAUGACUACUACCAGCCAGGUGAUCAUGCCACUGCAGAAUACAAUGCCCCCUGCAGCUCAGGCUGGGUAAGAAACAGUGUCAGUGAGGCUAACUGUUCUGUUUCCAAGCUCCCUGAGACCUGGACCAGAUCGUGCUAACGUAUUUGACCUGAUGUCUAAGUAACAUAUUUGAAUGUGUUAAAGAUAAAAAA